AUGGAGAUUGACGACGACCUGGCUUGGAGUGAAGUCAUGGAAGUUGAAAGUCCCAUGGAGAUUGAUGAUGAUGUCGAGGUAGUGGCGCCUGAUGCUGAUUGUGGCGAAAAGCUCGUGGCCCACACCUGCAAUCCAACGGAUGACGAUUUACAGUACGUCUCCCAGUCUGUAAAGAAGGAUUGCGAUACGAACAAGAUCCCAGCCUGUGUCCCGCAACAGGUUGUAGACGACAAGGUGGAGCACGACGUGAUGCGAUUGGAUGCGCCUAUCGCUGUUACUGCGCUGAAGCCUCAGAGUCGCAGUGCCAACAAGUCAGGUGAACAGAAAAAGGGUGGAGAGUCACUUCCUGCGUCUGUGUCUGGUCUGCUCGCCGACGGAGCAAAGAAGGUCGGAGAGUGUGCUCCUGCGGUCUUAGGACCAAUGGACCAUUCAAAGACUGUUAAGCCUGCCAGUCAGAGCGGAAAGAAGGCUAAGGAUAUCAAGGUUGUAGCAAAGACCGAGACAGCCUCUGGCUCUCGCGAGCAGCAACCAGAGGAGACCAAGGCUGCGCCCAAGGUCUCUAUGCCUGGAAUUCCAAGAGUGCUGGCUUCCCGCGCUGCUAAGGAACAGGCAAAGGAUUCCAAGGGCAAGGCCAAGGAAUCCAAGGUUGCGGCAAAGACCGAGUUGACCUCUGGCUCUCGUGAGAAGCAGCCAGAUCAUUCCAAAGCCGAGACCAAGGCUCCAAUGGCUGUGACGUUGAAAGCGCUGGCUUCCGGCGCUUAUAUGGAGCAGUCAAAGGACCCCAAGGUCGAGUCUUCCGCCAGCGUCGGGAGACCCAAACGUUCUCUUGUCAAGGGCAAGAAACCAGCGAAGUCAUUCGAUGCGCCAACAAACAACGGUUUGUCGGCCGCCGAAUUCCAGGCAAAGGCAAGAAGAGAAAGCCUAAUUGUGCUUAGCUUUUGGGUUCCAUCGGUUGACUUUGGACCUAAUUGUGAACGAAUGUUGGUUAAGAAACAAAAAUUUGCUUUGGCUUGGUUCCUAAAGCCUGGUACUGCAUCCAGCAGUAAAAAGGUGGUGGAAACAAGAAUAUGGCUUCCAGGAAAUCCCCAGACAGAUAACUCAAGAAUGACAAUGGCUGUAGUCACCCCCUUUGACUCGGAAGGGUCGGGUCCGCACAUUAAGAUGCGAUCUGUACGCUUCACCAAGCGGACAUCUUGUUGGUCGGUUGGCCCUGGAGCCAAGCCGAUGCGGUCGGAACCAAAGGUCGAUCCUGAAGCUUCUGGUAAGUUUUAUGGUGACACUGGAAUUCCCAGACCUUUCACAGUACUUUUCCUUGGGACUAUCGGCGUGGGUUGGCUGGAACCUUUUGUUCGUAGGGUUCUUGUUGACUUCCUCACAGGUCCGAGGCCGAGAUCUGUGAGUGGUGGUUUCUGUACGAGUAGGGCUUCCGGAGUCCUUGAUUCUGGGUCGUUUUUGGGCCACGGUGGUCCUGUUGGCUUGUCUGGUCUGGUUGGCUAG